CAAUGCUUCGCGCAGCUACGUCACAGUGCAGUCACUUUCCCAGACGGCGGAAUUUGCGUGGCAACAUCAACGUUAGCAGAGGAGGGACUGCUACAGAGAAAAAAGACGAUAACCAACCUGUGAAAACACCACCAGCACCAGCAAGAACAUUUUGGUUUCAGUCAAGAUCUGAAUAAGCAGAGCUGAGACCUGCUGACGAGAGGAAAAGCAUUUGAAGGACGUUCACUUCGAUCAAUAAGGAUUUCAAAUGAGUUCUUCGGAAGAGGUACCCCCUGUUGGAAGUUCCCAGGUUACCCACUUACCUGUUACCCACUGAACAUUUCCACUGGAGCAGUUGUGGUUAAAGGCCUUGUUCAAGGGAAACUCAUCAAUGUUGCAACAGACCGACACAGACAGGAGCAAACCUCAUCAGUGUGAGAAGUGUGGGAAAUCUUUCAGUCGGAUUUGUAGUCUUCGAAGACAUGAACUCUCUCACACUGCAGACAAAGUGUACCACUGUGAACAAUGUGGCAUCAGUUUCAGCCAACUAAAUGAAUACAAUUUACACCUGUAUACCCACCCUGAGGAGACACCAUACUGCUGCGACCAGUGUGGGAGGGAUUUCAGUGACCAGAGCUCAUACAGAAAACACCUGCGUGACCACACUGGGCCAUACCAAUGUGACCAGUGUGAAAAGAGUUUCAGUUAUUUCAGUAUUUACAAGAUACAUAUGCGUGUCCACACUAAAGAAAAGCCAUACUGCUGUGACCAGUGCCCAAAGAGUUUUAGUUUUUUAAGUUCAUACAAGCGACACCUGCUUAGCCACAGCGGAGAGAAGCCCUACCAGUGUGACUUUUGUGGAAAGAGUUUCACUCAGUCAGGGCAUUUUAGUCUGCAUCUGCGUAACCACACUGGAGAGAAACCAUAUGAGUGUGACCAAUGUGAAAAGAGUUUCAGUGAUUUAAGCAGUUAUAAGAUACACUUGCGUGUACACACUGGAGAGAAACCAUACUGCUGUGGCCAGUGUGGGAGGAGUUUCUCCCAGCUAGGUAAUUACAAGUCACAUUUACGUAUCCACACUGGAGAAAAACCAUUCCGCUGUGAACUAUGUGAGAAGAGUUUCUCCAUAUCUAAAACAUACAAACAACAUGUGCGCACCCACACUGGAGAGAAACCAUAUCAGUGUAAAGAAUGUGGGAAAGGUUUCGGUCGCCUUAGUAACUACAUGCGCCACCUUCGUAUCCAUACUGGAGAGCAACCCUUCAGCUGUGACCAGUGUGGCAAAUGUUUCAACAGUUCAUAUAGCUACAGCCGGCACCUGCGCGUCCACACGGGAGAGAAACCAUACUGGUGUUCACAAUGUAAGAGGCUGUUCACAAGGUCACAGUCUCUGAAAAAACAUCGCUGUAUUGAAGUAGAUGAGGAGAGUUCGACUGUGUGUACCAAAGAAGAACCAGUGAGCUGCUCAUCAACAGAACCAACAAACUAAACUGCAGUGUGUGUAUUUGUGGUAAAUAAGAAAUAUGCCACUUAGUACGGCAGCAUGGCUCACUGAGUUCAAUUUCAGUGCUAAUGAAAUACUGCACUUAUCAGUGGGACCCAUUAAUUGUUGAUUUUGGUCUUUUUAUGACACUAACGUAAAUACAAAAAAUAUUACCAGUUUUAUAUUAAUCAUGUUACUUCUCUUCUGCUCUCUGACUAAAAUUUCAGGAGCGAAAAAACAUUGGAAAUGGGUAGCCUAACACUAAUUCCACUCUUUUCAGUUGUUAAAUAUCAAUCACUGUAUAUAAAGAUGGGCAAUGCAUCUCCAGUUCCUCCCAGUGCACAAAAAUGAAGCCAAAUUAUCCAAGAAACAAGCACUUUGGCCCAUACACCCAUCCACCCAGUCGCAGGUAGUUGAUAAUCAUGAUAUUACAUCCUGUUUUUACAGCAUUAAUUAACACCAGAUUUAUCAGAAAAAUUAACACUUGGACAAUGUUUUGGUUUUACUUUUGUAGUGCUGACAUGUUAUCAGUAUGUUCACAUGAUCUUUAAAAUGGUAAAUAUCAUCUACAGUCAUUUUAUUACACCCUCUAUUGUUCCUGUUCCUGUGUGUGUGUGUCCAGGGGGCAUGUUCAUGCUCAAAUGGUGUGUUAUGGUAUUCUUUUAAGGGGCUAUUUGUAAUUUUCUUUGGUGCUAGUGUUGAUGGUCACUUAAAAGCCCUACAACCAUCUUUGCAAUACAGUAUGCCCUCUGAGCAGCACUACUUCUUCAGGGCAGUCUGGAUGCUAAAAUGACUUGCUAUCAGACAGAGACAAGACAGCACAGAAAAGGUGGUCAAACUAGAAACAAUGCCAUUGCUUUCCACCACUGGAGACAGCUCUUGGCAACGAAUUGAAUUUGAUGCUGAACUUAAAAUGUUUCUUCUAGACUAGUAAGUAAACUGUUGUUAAUGUCAUGGAUGCUGGCUACAUGGUGAUAGCCAAAUUUACAAAUAGCUCCUUAAAGGAACAUCUUAAUUGUUAACUUUGUCAAAGACUGAAUGAAUGACAUUGUUCCAAAGUAAGUCGAGCCCUCAUCAUGCUGAGAUUCUGUUAUCUCAUAUCUGAGAUUUAUUUUUUCAACGUCUUAGACAAUGACAAGAUUCAUGCUGGAGUAUGACUUUGUGUUACUUCCAAUGUUUAUUGUCAAUGAAAACAUAAAUAAUAUGGAGUCAUAAUAAUAUACUAGAGAAUAGAUAAUUGAUGACAGGACACCAGCAACAAAUUAUCCUGAGGUGUUCAUUUUGUCCAACUCACUACGCGUGUGAUCUAUUAAUCCUGUAUGUUCUUGGAUAGUAUUUUGUAUGUGAGUAGCUGUUAAGUAUUGUUAUUGCUAAAUGCAAGUUCAACUCACAGCUGGAAACAUCUGAAAAAAAGAGUAUGGAUGAUGAUGAGGCCAUGCUAGGAACAUCUCUUAAAACAAUUUAAGUUUGCUUUUUGCUCUCCUUUUGACAUGUUCAAAUAUAUAAUUGGCAGUAGUUCUCCAGAGUCACAGCUGGAUUGAUGUCUGUCAGAGCUCCUGUUGAUCAUGUCUGGUUUGUACAAAGUAACUUACAUUAAUUUCUUAUGUACUCUUAAAACAGUUACUAUUAAUAUUACUGUCGUAUAUUGUGUAUAAUAUUUGUAUUGCAGUUGGGAGAGUGAAUAACAAUAUUUAUUGAGGUAUCAACAGAGGAAAGUUUUGUUUGAUUAGAAUCAAAUGAGAAGCCUCUUCAUUAAGUGAAGGGCCUAGUGAUGGGAUGGGGAUCCUGUCCCCCCAGAUGGACUUUUGUUGAGUGUUUCAAAACUGGAUAGACAAUAAUGCAAUGAUGGUUAAAGACCCAUAGUAUGGAAGAAGAAAAUUUUAAGUCGUGAGUAAACAAAUACAUGAACAUGCUGUAAAUCAAGGUUGAAAUCAAUGAAUUAAUGAAGUCUGAAUCAAUGGUUUGAAUGUGCAAAUGACUGAACACGUAAAUAAUGUAACUGUGGGCAUCAGUAAAUACGUUGUAAAUGGUUUCUAAAAUUGUGAGUAUAAACAUUUAUUUCCAUUUGCACAGUUCUUGAUUGUUUCUACAUCUACGUGUUAUUUGGGCUGGUGGUCCUGACCUACUUCACUCAGCUGCCACAUGGAAUAUGUGCGGGGACCGGCUCCACACAGGGGCAAGAGGGGGCACCUGGGCAGCGCAGUAGUUUAAAAGUCCGACGAAAGAGAUACAAGCUCCUCAUCUCAUCUCUGUAUCUCUCCCUCUCUCUCUGUGUGUGUAUGUGUUUAGCUUCAUAGGCUGCACUCGCUAGAGAACAUCCCCCGUGUCUCGUCAUUUGUCAUCGGCCAUGCGCUUCAGGGAGGAGCGCAGAGAGGCGGAGAAACGAAGUCGGAAAUCAGGUUAAAACCAACGUUUGAGCCGUCGCCUCGGUUUGUCAGUACUGUGAGAAGAGACAAUUACCGAAGAAGCCUGGACGGUAAAGCAAGCUUUGAAGCUGCUUUUUUGUCUAACACGAGUGAGGCUGGACGCUGAACACACCUGCGGCGCCAAGGUGUCACCACUUCGUCCCCGACAUUGUCCACAAUCACAGAGACGUAGUCUAUAAUCACAGAGAGCCUUCGUACAAUGAAGAAGUUCUUUGAGUCCAGGGCAGAGACCUCCAGGUUUCACCACUUUGUCCACGACAGUGUCCACCAUCACAGAGACGUGAACCGCGAUCGCAGAGACAUGGUCCAUGAUGGGAGAGACAUUGUUGAGGAUGAGGGAGACCUUGUCAAAGAUGAGAGAGACGUUUGUCCAUGAUCAGACACAUUGUCCCAUGCUUCGUAGAGACCUUGCGAUAGAAUCGGCGAAGACGGGGUCACCGAUUUGACGGCAUUGCCCGCGAUCAGGGACAUUGUUGAUGAUCACAGACACCCCGUCUAUGAUCUCAGAGAUGUAGUCUUUGACCAGAACAGAGGCCUUCAGCUGAAUUCACAGAAACAACAGGAUCCACCAAUGGUGAAGCAGAAGAAGACACAAGUGGAUCAAAGAAACAAAAGCCAAAAGUGUUACAAAGCUGUUAAUUGGAUAAAAGACCUCCACCGCCUAACUGCUGUAAAACACUUUGUUUUUCUCUACCAUCUAUGAUGUAGUCAUGGGCAUAUUUUCCAAAGACUAAUAUGUCUUUAUUUUUGAGACCAUUCAACUGCUUAUGAUACAAUUGUUUAAUUGUUAAUUGUACCACAAGCAGUUAAAUGAUCACAGAGAUGCUUAGUAGACACGUUCAUCUUUGGAAAAUGUGCUCAUAACUACAUUGACCCUAAUCAGCUCUAACAAGUGUUUCCUUGUGGUCAAAUGUCUGUCAUUAUCUUUGCUGUGAUUUGUUAAAUGUUGUCUGGAAUAAAAUCAUUCUAAGUUUCUUCAUAA